CUCAGCAACCACAAGUUCUUCUUCUACAAGCAUAUACCAACAUCAAACAUGCGCCUCACCUACGUCUUGGUUUUUGUUUGCGCGGCCAUCGUCCAAACCAGUGGCACUGCGGUUUCUGUGACCAAGGGUUCCAAGGCGUUGAUUAAGGAUGGCGAGUCGCCGGAAACUGUCAAUCGACUUCGUGCAGAUGAAGGAAUGCGGCGAUUGGCGGCAAAGGACGGCUUCCUAAGCUUUCUUAAAAAGGAGUUCAAGGGGGCGUUUCCAUGGACGAAGGCCCACAAGCAAAAAAAGAGAAAGGAGGAUAUUGCUCGGUUUCAUCGCCAGUGGUCCAACAUGAGGCAUGCGGGGGCAAAUGUCUAAGAGGAAUACACCAGGACUCUUUAAAUGUAGAUUUCCAAUGUC